CUUAUGUAUUAGCUUGAACCAAAGCCAUACACCACACUACUCUCUCCUCUGAGCUUGCCAAAUAACCAUAAAUAGCAAUGACCACCGUUAAAUUCCUCUGUAGCUACGGCGGGAGAAUCAUCCCUCGUUAUCCCGACAGCAAGCUACGUUACUACGGCGGCCAUACACGUGUCCUCUCCGUACAACGCUCCAUAUCCUUUGCCGAGCUGGCGAUGAAACUCGGUGAGAUAUGCGGGACGAAGGUGAUGAGUCUUCGUUGUCAGUUACCAACGGAUGAUCUCGACGCGCUUGUCACCGUAUCCUCCGACGAGGAUCUAAGCAACCUCAUGGAGGAAUAUGAUCUCGCUACUACGACGGCGUUUAAGAUCCGUGUGUUCCUUUCUCCUCCGCUUUCAACCAUUUCGUCUUCUUCCUCGGACUCAUCUAACUCUCGCUCUCGCUCUCCUUCGUCUCCGUCGACUGUGAACCCGAAAACAUGUCCGGUCUGUGCCGAGAGAUCGCAUCAUCGCAACACAAACAAGGGAUGCUACGUUCGAAGAUGUCGGAGCCAUGAUCAGUUAUAUCUUAUCCGAUACUGAUCACUAGAAUACUUGAAUUCUUAGGAGUUAUAUUAUCUAACACCGUGAGGAUCAGUUUCAUAUAAGCCAAAAGGGAACUCGAGAGUUUUCUAUUUUAGUAAUUUUAUGACCAAAAGAUCAUGAAAAUCACAAAACAGAAUCGAGUUAGAAACACGAUAAUAUAAGGUUGAAAAACGUUUUUUAAAAUGGUUAAGUAAAAGAUGAAUUCAAGGAGUUAUAAAUAGUCCGUAAUUAAGGUUAUAUAUGAAACUAAAACGUAACAGACUAUAGUUUUUUUUGUGUGGCAGCUUGGAUCCAUCUCUGGGGAUAUACAUGUAUCAUUUAACUGAUGUAAUUAAGAGCUUUAAUUUCACUUUUAUUAUUAUACUAGAUUUUGAUCCGCGCUUUCAAAGCGCGGGAUUUGUUUCUUUUGAAAUUGUGGUCAAAUUUUGUUAAUUAUAAGAUUAUGCAUUUUUUAUAUACGAUAAUCUUUUUU